CUACUCAAACCUCCAUGAUUCAAAUUCUCUCAACAACAGCGCUUGGGGUCUUCCCUACUUAAGCCACUCAGGAGCACCUCUCAAAGUUUCUACAAAGACCUGUUUGGGGGGCUUCAAGAAAAGGGAAAGAGAAAGAAACCAUAAAAGUUUCCCUUCCUGAGGAGAAGGAGAAGGGGCCAUGAACCGAGGAGUCUUGCAGAGUUCACCUGUGCAACAGAUGAUGGCUGGAAACCCUAACUGGUGGAGCAUCAACGCCAUGCGCCCACCAACACCUUAUCAGCAAACAUCUCCUUUCCUCCCCCCUCCUCCCUCUUUCUUUACUCAUCAAUACACACCCACUUCUUCUUCUUCAUCCUCCUCUUCUCCCCUUCCUUUCCCUUCUUGGCAUGAUAAUAACCAGGAGGUUCCUGAGUCUUGGAGCCAACUUCUAUUAGGGGGACUUAUGGGUGAAGAAGAGAAGAGCGGGAUCAGCCUUUUUCAAGCCAAAAAGCUGGACAACUGGGAAGAACAGGCAAUGAAUCAAGCCUCCAGUGCUUCUGUUGCGGAUGCCAAGCAAGAAAACUGCUCCGGUACCUAUGUUUAUUCACAUGCAAAUGAAGAUUUUCCGGUAACAAAGCCAGCUUGGUCUCCGGCGAUCCCCACUUCAUCCCCCAAGUCCUGCGUCACAAGCUUCAGCAGUAACAUGUUGGACUUCUCCAGCAAAAAUCCUGAUGGAAGUCAUCCUCCCCUAGAUCGAUCUUCUGAGUGUCACAGCUCUGCAACUGGAAGUGGAGCAAUGAAGAAAGCUAGGGUUCAACCUUCUGCAACCCAAUCCAACUUCAAGGUGAGGAAGGAAAAACUAGGAGAUAGAAUCACAGCUCUUCACCAGCUAGUUUCUCCAUUUGGAAAGACUGACACAGCCUCAGUCCUUUUAGAGGCUAUUGGGUACAUCAGAUUCCUUCAGAGUCAAGUUGAGGUCCUCAGCUUUCCCUACUGGGAAACCGGAUCAGGAAACAUGAGGCAGCAGCAAAACUCUGUACAAGGGGAAAGGAAUUGUAUAUUUCCGGAAGACUCUGGUCAGCUGUUAAAUGAUAAGUGCAUGAAGAGGAAAGGAGGCCCUGAACAGGAUUCUGAUGAAGAACCAAAGAAGGAUUUGAGGAGCAGAGGGCUAUGUCUAGUUCCGGUGUCGUCGUGCACGCUCCAAGUGGGGAGUGACAAUGGAGCAGAUUAUUGGGCUCCAGCGCUGGGUGCUGGUUUUCGGUAGAUAGGAGUGGUGUUUUCCCAACCGGCGGCACACGACCUAGCUAGAGAGCUUCAUGAAACGAUAUAACAUCAUGAGCAGUCACUCUGCUAAAUUAAAUUUUCUAAGGCUGAUUGCUCAUGAUGCUAUAUAUUUUUUCUUGAACUUCUGUAUGUAGACAUGUGUGCUUGCCAGGGUAGUCAAUUAUGAUGUCGUUUCAAAAUUCUAUCAUGAUUUAAAGAUUCAAGUAAAUUAUGAUGUUUAUUGUCUAUCUAUCUAUUUCUUUUCCUUUUUCGGCUAUAACUAUAGUGCU